CUCACUAUACAAGUAUGAGGUGGGAGGAACAGAUAAACGGAGAUGUAAGUAAGUGCUGUCAGAGAUCUAUAAGGGAUAUAGAUGGUUGGCCAGGCACACUCUAGCCAGUCACUCCAGAUUUCUGUGGAUCAGUACAGAUGUGUGUCAGCACAGCUCAGCCUAUUGGAUGGUAAGCAAUAUGAGGAGGCAUGAGUUAUGCCUUUAACAAUGACAUAUACUGAGUAAUUUGAUCAGAUCAAUCUCAACAGUGUUGGGAGUAUAUUAAUAUCAAUUGGCUUAGGAUAUACCCUGAGUGAUGGCACAGCUUGCAUCAGGUGGUUUUAUAAUGCGUGGAUGCAUUAUGAUAUUAUGAUAAAAUCAUUGUUUGUUCUGCCUACAGAUAGUUUUCACUCGCAACAAUUCCAGCUCUAAUGACAAAAAUGUUUCCAGUAAUUUGUUCUGUAUCCUAAAUGGCAAGGUGUGGUGACAUUUCUAUAGCUGUCAUCAGGAUUUGUCACAGCACACUAACAGGGGAUGGAAUGGCCCUGUGAGGGCGAGAUUGAGAGCUUCUGAUCUACUGUGACAUAUAGAGGGGCCAGACUACAGGCUAGGGCAGCAUAUGUUACAAGCCACAUCUGUGCAGCUGCCUGUUGCUUCCACACCAGUCUCCCAUCAGUGUCACCAGUACAAGGAUAACCUGGCGCUGUCCAUGACCUGACUAGACCCUGUCAACAACUCCACCUAGGAUGUUUGAUUCCACUAACCUUACAACACUUUUAAGGAUAAGAAAGGUGUAAAAAGGAAGAAGAAAUUCAGAAGUGGUCAUACUGGUAAGGAGGAGGAUAUUGAGCGCACAGGAAGUCUCUGUGAUUGUGUCUAAGAGGCGAAGGUGUAUACAGGAAGUGCUUAUACUUAUUAUGAGAAGGUGAAUACGGCAAGGAAUAUCCCUCAAAUCAAUAACAAUAGCAGCACGGGCGACCUCGGAGGUUAUAUCAGAAAUCCUAACCCUGAUCUUAAGUCAACAGCGAAAUGAAAAUGCCGACAUGUAAACAAAGCAGCAAUUUCAGGCAUUUUUAUAAUUAAUGCACGGCAUUCAGAAAGAUUCCAUCAUAAAUAAACUUCCAUAUAAUAUCAAAUUAAUGAUGAAGUGAGUUGGAGCACAUCUGUGGACGAUUCCAGACAACACUGCGAGAAAUCAAUUAGGAUUCUCUCUCGUUAUCUCUAAUGUUUUUCAGCGUUUAGACGUAGGCAGAGGUCACACUGGAACCAUAUGUAAUGGGCUAUAUCGUAGUGAGCAAAUAAGUUGGCCAUGGAAGAGAUGUGAAUGCCUGCAGCUCAACAUAUGAUUGUGGUGACAUCAAAAUUGUGGACACAUGAUAGCCUGGUUCCGCAGUAACGUCUCCUCACCCAGAAAUUACUGCCAUCUGAUCCAGUGUCAUAAUUUAACCUAUAAUACAAACUCUUCACCAUCUCCAGGAACACAUUAGAUUAACAGCAAAUCCAUGUCAUCCAUACGAUAGGAUUCCUCUCAUCAGCCACUCAAUAAUCCAUAUAUAAGGUUGACAUGCUAUCAAACAGAUUUAGAAUAUAAAACUCUCAGAUUCUGAUGACUAGAAUCAAAUAGUUCUUGGAAGGAAACAGAUUACACAUUGAACAAUAUAAAGACGUGAUUUAUGUGAAAUAGUGAAAAACAACACUAUAUUAACAACUGAAAACUAUCCUUGUUACGUAAAAAAAGGGAAGUGAAACAAGCUAAAAUAUCAACCAAUUACAGAUUCCUGCCAUGAUGUUUCCUAUAGGAAAUGAUAGUGUUUCUAUCCAUCUUAAUCAGAGUGAGACUAAGAUGGAACUGUACUCGAUUGUGUUGUCAACGACCAUGCUGUGUCUGGCAAUGGUGUUCGGUACCGGGGGUAACAUUACCAUCCUUGUGUCAUUGUGUACCUACCGCCUGCUGAGGAAACACCAUUACAUCCUCAUUGCCAUGUUCCUUGUAACCUGCCUCAUUCUGGACAUAGUCUGGUGUCCCAUGGAGAUAUAUCAUCUCAUCCAACAUCACCAUGACAACACAGCAGUAGAUGCAACCUUCACCUUUGCUGGACAAAGCCUCUACAUUUUUCUUAUCACUACAAUUCUGUGCAUUCUUUCAAUAGUAAGUGUUCAAAGUUUGUGUAAGCUAUCAUCCAAUUGGAUUUCUCGACACUUUGUCCUGGCUCUGACAUUGGCAGUUAGCCUCAUUCUGGUCCUCAGUGUGGCAGUGGGCUAUGGGGUAUUGUCAUCCAUCAGGGAGGGAAACACCAAGCCAACUGAGUAUCAGAUUCUCAAUGAAGAGUCCUAUAACUACAGGAUCAUUGUCUACAGCUUCUCUUUGUGGAUGGCUAUAUCAUUUGUAAUGCUUAUAACUCUUGUAAUCUGUAGGCGUAAAACUGCCAAAGAUCUCAAUGUGGACAUUGCGUCUGAGUACUCGGAACCACCCACACCUGAACGACUUAACAUUCCAACACUUCUCAUCAAAGGGUCAGAAGAGGAAGGAAGUGACAAUGAAAAGGAAGAGGACAAAAAGUCAAUAUCAAACUCUCAAAGAUUUCUCAGUAUGCAGGGUGCCAGUUCUACAAAAGAAGACAAUAUGUCGACCAUUGGUGAACUUCCUUCACCAUCAAAGUCGAAGAUCUCCAGUAACCACUUAGGGGUCAACAUGGCUGCCAUUUUAGGUCGGAGACGUCACACCAUAGGUCAAAUCGGUCCCACAGGGCUAGAUGUGGGCGAGAAAACCAAACAGUACAAUUAUGUGAGAAAGUUUUCAGUUGAUAUAGAAGCACUUCAAGCACAGCUAGAAAAUCCCAAAGUUUAUGGUGGUGCCAUUUCUUUUCGUUCAGACACUGAGCUGCAAAAGUCUACACAGAAUGAUAACAAAAUGGAGUUACCCCAGAGGCCCCACACACCUUUAUUAGAUAUGAGACUAUCUGGUCUUCAUAAAACACAAUUAGAGGAGAAAAACGAGGAAAAUUCAGAUGAGGAAAAUGUUGAUAAAGAUGAUGAUGUGAGUAACAAGGAGGACUAUGAUAUGGAAAAUGCAAAUCAUAUUUGUGAAAAAUUACAAAACUCAAGUCAUGAGACGCUAAGUCCACCCAUUAUAACUCUGUCUGAGACAACAGGUGAUGAACUCAAUGAACCGAUGGCAGACAAUAGGUUUAACAAGGGAAUGAGUCACUAUCGACUGACCUGUCUUUUACUAGUGACAUUUGUGUGUUGUUUACUGCCAAUGUUUAUCACUGAGGCUGUACGAGGACUGUUGUCACAGCGAGCUUACAUUAACAUCCUCACCUGUACGAUGUCCCUGUCUGUGGUACAGACUAUCAUAUUCCCACACAUACUCUUCUGUAUGGAUAACUUUACACACCUUGCUGUACAUACUUUCUUUGGUAAGGUACAUGCACAGGUAAUGCACAUGUGCUAUGGACACCAUCAGGUACCAACAUCAGAGCACGUGGAUAUUACAGUUACACAGGUGUGAUCAAAACAGGUAACGGUAUGAUCUGAUUAGGAAGGAUGUGACUUAGACAUGUAUGAUUAGGACAGAGUGUGAUCAGGGCAAGUGUAAUCUAUAACUGGUGUGAUCAGGACAGGUGUAAUCUAUAACUGGUGUGAUCAGGGCAGGUGUAAUCUAUAACUGGUGUGAUCAGGCAGGUGUAAUAUAUAACUGGUGUGAUCAGGCAGGUGUAAUCUAUAACUGGUGUGAUCAGGCAGGUGUAACCUAUAACUGGUGUGAUCAGGACAGGUGUAAUCUAUAACUGGUGUGAUCAGGCAGGUGUAAUCUAUAACUGGUGUGAUCAGGGUAGGUGUAAUCUAUAACUGGUGUGAUCAGGGCAGGUGUAAUAUAUAACUGGUGUGAUCAGGACAGGUGUAAUUUAUAACUGGUGUGAUCAGGACAGGUGUAAUCUAUAACUGGUGUGAUCAGGACAGGUGUAAUCUAUAACUGGUGUGGCCAGGACAGGUGUAAUCUAUAACUGGUGUGAUCAGACAGGUGUAAUCUAUAACUGGUUUGAUCAGACAGGUGUAAUCUAUAACUGGUGUGAUCAGACAGGUGUAAUCUAUAACUGGUGUGAUCAGACAGGUGUAAUCUAUAACUGGUGUGAUCAGGCAGGUGUAAUCUAUAACUGGUGUGAUCAGGCAGGUGUAAUCUAUAACUGGUGUGAUCAGGCAGGUGUAAUCUAUAACUGGUGUGAUCAGGGCAGGUGUAAUCUAUAACUGGUGUGAUCAGGCAGGUGUAAUCUAUAACUGGUGUGAUCAGGGCAGGUGUAAUCUAUAACUGGUGUGAUCAGGCAGGUGUAAUCUAUAACUGGUGUGAUCAGGGCAGGUGUAAUCUAUAACUGGUGUGCUCAGGCAGGUGUAAUCUAUAACUGGUGUGAUCAGGCAGGUGUAAUCUAUAACAGGUGUGAUCAGGCAGGUGUAAUCUAUAACAGGUGUGAUCAGGCAGGUGUAAUCUAUAACUGGUGUGAUCAGGGCAGGUGUAAUCUAUAACUGGUGUGAUCAGGCAGGUGUAAUCUAUAACUGGUGUUAUUAGGGCAUGUGAUCAGCAACAGUCUGAUCAAGAAGGGUGUGAUGUAGACAUGUUUGUGAUCAAGGCAGUGUGAUUGGGACAAGUAUUUUCUAUACAGGUGAGAUGGGCAAGACAUAUUUCUAUAGUCAAGUGUGAUAGGCACAGGUAUUCUCUUGAAAGUGUGGUUUGGACGGGUAUUCUCUAGACAAGUGUGACUGGGCAAGAAAUACUCUCUAGAUAAGUGUGAUUGGGACAGGUACACUCUAGAUAAGUGUGAUUGGGACAGGUACUCUCUAGAUAAGUGUGAUUGGGACAGGUACUCUCUAGAUAAGUGUGAUUGGGACAGGUAUUCUCUAGACAAGUGUGAUUGGGACAGGUACUCUCUAGAUAAGUGAGAUUUGGAUGAGAACUCUCUACAAAAAAAGUGUGAUUGGGACAGGUACUCUCUAGACAAGUGUUAUUGGGACAGGUACACUCUAGACAAGUGUGAUUGGGACAGGUAUUCUCUAGACAAGUGUGAUUGGGACAGGUACACUCUAGACAAGUGUUAUUGGGACAGGUACACUCUAGACAAGUGUGAUUGGGACAGGUACACUCUAGACAAGUGUGAUUGGGACAGGUAUUCUCUAGACAAGUGUUAUUGGGACAGGUACUCUCUAGAUAAGUGUGAUUGGGACAGGUACUCUCUAGACAAGUGUUAUUGGGACAGGUACACUCUAGACAAGUGUAAUUGGGACAGGUAUUCUCUAGACAAGUGUGAUUGGGACAGGUACUCUCUAGACAAGUGUGAUUGGGACAGGUAUUCUCUAGAACGGUGUUUUUGGGACAGGUACUCUCUAGACAAGUGUGAUUGGGACAGGUAUUCUCUAGACAAGUGUAAUUGGGACAGGUAUUCUCUAGACAAGUGUUAUUGGGACAGGUAUUCUCUAGACAAGUGUGAUUGGGACAGGUACUCUCUAGACAAGUGUGAUUGGGACAGGUACUCUCUAGACAAGUGUGAUUGGGACAGGUACACUCUAGACAAGUGUGAUUGGGACAGGUAUUCUCUAGACAAGUGUGAUUGGGACAGGUAUUCUCUAGAAUGUUGUUGUUUGGACAGGUAUUCUCCAGAUAAGUGUGAUUGGGACAGGUAUUCUCUAGACAAGUGUAAUUGGGACAGGUACACUCUAGACAAGUGUGAUUGGGACAGGUAUUCUCUAGACAAGUGUGAUUGGGACAGGUAUUCUCUAGAAUGUUGUUGUUUGGACAGGUAUUCUCCAGAUAAGUGUGAUUGGGACAGGUAUUCUCUAGACAAGUGAGAUUGGGACAUGUACUCUCUAGACAAGUGAGAUUAGGAUGAGAACUCUCUACACAAGUGUUAUUUAGAUGGGGGGGGGGGGGGGGUGUUAUUCUCUAGACAAGUGUGAUUGGGACAGGUACUCUCUAGACAAGUGUUAUUGGGACAGGUACACUCUAGACAAGUGUGAUUGGGACAGGUACUCUCUAGACAAGUGUGAUUGGGACAGGUAUUCUCUAGAUAAGUGUAAUUGGGACAGGUAUUCUCUAGAUAAGUGUGAUUGGGACAGGUAUUCUCUAGACAAGUGUGAUUGGGACAGGUAUUCUCUAGACAAGUGUGAUUGGGACAGGUAUUCUCUAGACAAGUGUGAUUGGGACAGGUACACUCAAGGCAAGUGUGAUUGGGACAGGUUUUCUCUAGACAAGUGUUAUAGGGACAGGUACACUCAAGACAAGUGUGAUUGGGACAGGUAUUCUCUAGACAAGUGUGAUUGGGAUGGAUAUUCUUGAGACAGGUCAAAUCAAGACAGAUUUUAUCUGGACACUGUAUAACCAAUAAAGAGAAAUCAGGGCAGGUAUGAUCUGUUAACAGCAGGUAUAUGAUUACAUAAGGUAUGUGUACAGGCUGGAUGUAGAGGAGUUCAGGUGUAAGAUGUCAAAAAGUAAUAAAGAUUUAUAAUCAUAAUGAUAUAAUUAUAUAAGAACUUCCAAUUUUGUUAUUCCUGUCCAUUGGCGUCCAGAUCAAUACAAUAUGUUUGUAAAUGUUUAUGUAGAACACAUAUAUAUAUAUUAAAAUGUAGUGUAUACAUAGUCUAACUAUAUUUAUCAAAAUUUGUCCUUACAGGUAAAAUACAUAUAUUUCAUUCCUAGAUUGAAAUCAUCUCUUUUAGACUAAACAAAAGUUCAUUCCUCAUAUUUUCUCCUAAUUGGUAAAGAUUUUGUAAGAAAAAAAUUAUGAAAAUCCUAACAGAAUUUUUGUACAGUAACUAUUUACAUUGAAUGUUGUAAAAAGGUAAGUAAAUGUUGAUGUCAUGUCUAUAAAGCUUUUUAGGAUAAUCAUGAGGAGAAA